UCCCCUCCUGCCCGGCGUGUCGCUCUGACGCAACGACGUCACGCACCACGUAGGUUGUUGGGCUGGUGAAUUCGCUGCGAUGGCGACGACGGCUCUGCUGGAGAGGGACGCAGUGAAGCUGGCCUCGGCUCGGACAUGACCGCGGUUUGUUUGCUCGAGGUUUUCUUGCUGCUCAGUAGCUGCACGGGCUGCGGGUGAAUCUUCGGCUCCGCGCUGCACAUCGUCGCGUUUCUCUGAUUUCCAUGUCUGACUUGUGAGAGUUUCCAAACAAGAUCACCAGGACUGCUCCUCGUCCAUUACUGAUUGUUUGUGACUGGUCCAGGCCGGAGUUCCUUGUUUGUUGACCCACACUCCUUCACAGGGGCCAUGGAGGAGGAGGGGCAGCAUAGCUUGGAGUGUAUCCAGGCUAAUCAGAUUUUCCCCAAGAAGUCCCCCGUCCUGGAGGAGGAGAACAUGCAGGUGCCCUUUCCUGAGCUGCACGGGGAGUUCACGGAGUAUGUCGGGAGAGCAGAGGAUGCCAUCAUUGCGAUGUCCAACUACCGCCUGCACAUCAAGUUCAAAGAGUCUGUUGUCAACGUCCCUCUACAGCUCAUAGAGAGCGUGGAGUGUCGGGAUAUGUUCCAGCUCCAUGUGACCUGUAAGGACUGCAAAGUCGUCAGGUGUCAGUUCGCCGCGUUCGAGCAGUGUCAGGAAUGGCUGAAACGUCUGAACGUUGUCGUGCGACCUCCCUCUCGUCUGGAGGACCUGUUCUCCUUUGCCUUCCAUGCCUGGUGCAUGGACGUGUACGCCGGUGAGAAGGAGCAGCACGGCGAGCUGUGCAGACCAGGUGAACAUGUGACCUCCUGGUUCAAGAAUGAGGUGGAGAGGAUGGGCUUUGACACUCAAAACGCCUGGAGGAUAUCUGACAUCAACAGCAAGUUCAGACUCUGCCCUAGCUAUCCUCAGCAGCUCCUGGUGCCAGCCUGGAUCACCGACAAGGAGCUGGAAAAUGUGUCAGCCUUCCGCUCCUGGAAGAGGUUUCCUGCUGUGGUUUAUAGGCACCUGAGCACGGGGGCUGUGAUCGCCCGCUGCGGUCAGCCAGAGGUCAGCUGGUGGGGCUGGAGGAACGCUGAUGACGAGCACCUGGUCCAGUCCAUCGCCAAGGCCUGCGCCGUGGACAGCAGCUCCCGCAAACACCUCAACAACGGCACCUACACCAAUGGCUCAGAACUGCCUGACUUCGAAUCCUCCAUGACCAACAGCUCAGAGGUGGAGACGUUGGUAAUCCAGCCCCACAAGUUACUUAUCCUGGACGCCAGGUCCUACGCUGCUGCCGUAGCGAACAGGGCCAAGGGGGGAGGCUGUGAAUGCCCAGAGUACUAUCCCAACUGUGAGGUGGUGUUUAUGGGUAUGGCCAACAUCCACUCAAUCCGCAAGAGUUUCCAGUCUCUGCGUUUCCUCUGCACUCAGAUGCCUGAUCCAGCCAACUGGCUUUCUGCACUGGAGAGCACCAAGUGGCUGCAGCACCUGUCCCUGUUGCUGAAGGCGGCGCUGCUCGUGGUCAACGCCGUGGAUCGCGACCACAGGCCCGUCCUGGUGCACUGCUCUGAUGGCUGGGACCGCACACCUCAGAUCGUUGCUUUGUCCAAACUGCUGCUGGACCCUUAUUACCGAACCAUUGAGGGCUUCCAGGUUUUAGUGGAGACGGAGUGGCUGGACUUUGGUCAUAAGUUCGCAGACCGCUGUGGCCACGGAGAAAACUCGGAGGAUCAGAACGAGCGCUGCCCUGUGUUCCUGCAGUGGCUGGACUGUGUGCACCAGCUGCAGAGGCAGUUUCCAUGCUCUUUUGAGUUUAACGAGGCCUUUCUGGUGAAGCUUGUGCAGCACACCUACUCCUGUCUGUUUGGCACCUUCCUGUGCAACAGUGGCAAGGAGAGGGAGGACCGCCAUGUCCAGGAGAGGACCUGCUCAGUGUGGUCGCUGCUGAGACCGGCCAACCGCACACUGAGGAACAUGCUGUACUCCUCGCACUCUGAGACCGUUCUCCACCCAGUGUGUCACGUGCGCAACCUGAUGCUAUGGACAGCGGUCUACCUGCCCAGCUCCUCCCCCACCACACCCUCCGACGAGUCCUGCGCCCCCUAUCCCGUGCCCGGUGCCAACCCGGAGGAUGCACCACUGGGCAGAUGUACGAAGACUCGCUCUUUUGACAACCUGCCCAGUGCAUGUGAGCUGGGAAGCUCCAUGGCUCCCAACCGCCGCUCCAGUGACCCGAGCCUCAAUGAGAAGUGGCAGGACCACCGGCGAUCUCUGGAGCUCAACAUGGCAGUGGGACCCGAGGGAGGAGGGAACCAGGAUCAGGAGGUGCUGCCUAACGGAGUGGGGCCUUACCCAGACAGAGCAGACUCUGAACUGGAUGAAGGCACUCAGCCCCAGGUCUCGCUGGCGGAGGUUGGACAGGGAUCCUCUGCGAUGCCAGCAGCAACAGGAGAGGAAGCAGAGGAGGCAGAGCUCUCUGUGGCGGUGGGUGUUGCCGAAGGCCAAAUGGAGAACAUUCUUCAGGAAGCCACAAAGGAGGAGGCAGGAGCAGAUCAUAGAGAGGGAAGUGCUGCUGUGACUCUUGUCAUUAACACUGUUGACACAGAGUCGGAGAGAGAAGCACAGGUUGAGGAUGAGAAUGAGAGCACUGAGGUUAACGGGACUGAGGUGCAGACAGAAUCACUCUCUAAUGGUCACCAUCCAGAGAAUGGUGGACUGGAGGCUGAGUUGGACGGUGAGUCUCCUCCUCCGCCUGCACAGAAGACAGAGGAGCUGGAUGAACGGGCUGUUGAGGUGACUCAGACACCAGAGGAUGUAGAGACUCAGGAUGUUGAGAAGUCUUCUGUAAAAGAAGAGGUUGCACAUGGACCCAGUGAGGGUGAGCCAGAGCAGACUGCAGCACAUAGAACUAUAACUAAUGGCUUUAUGGACAGGUCACCUGAAGAUCUCAGCGUGGACGAGGAGACCUGCCCUGACUCUGAAUCUGACCACGGUGUCUCUGAGCCGAUGGAGCAGGUGGAGAAGAGGGCCUCUCUCAUGGAAAGCUCAACAGAGACUUUAACUGAAGAGGCCUGCGGUAGGCUGGAGCUGCCCACACAGCCGCCCGUGUGUCUGAGCCGUCAUCCCUGCAGUGACGGCAGAAGCCAGCCACCCUGCUCCAGGAAAGAGAAAGGGGUUGAGGCAGGCGAGCACAGCUUCAUCAGAACUUUAAACGGGGCCACCAAGCGACCCUCUGUCAGUGCCUUUCAGUCUGUGAGUGCUGACCUCAGCAGGGAAGGGCUUUGCAACGGCGACAGCUCUGACGGGGAGCCCUGCGGAGGUCCCCACUGGGCCAAAGGGAACGGGGAGCGGACCCCUCUGAGUCGACAGAUGUCCCUCGCAAGCUGUAACUCCCUGAUCCUCCAUCCGCGGGGCAGUUGCUCUCAGCACCGGUGGUGCCACUCCCUCCUGAGCCGGGCCGCCAUCAGCCCAGAACAGCCAUCGCGCAGUCAUCUGGACGAUGACGGGCUGACUCUGCACAAUGAUGCCAUCCAGCAGAGGCUGAGGCAGAUCGAGGCGGGGCACCAGAUGGAGGUGGAGACUCUGAAGAAGCAGGUGCAGGAGCUGUGGAGCCGCCUGGAGAAUCAGCAGCACACAGGCUCCCAUAGGAUCAACGGGGACAUGGGAGACGAAGUGACCUCAAUGACAGACUAUGAGUACAACCUGGACCCCAACUGUUUGUCGCGCUGCAGCACAGAGAUCUUCUCUGAGGCCAGCUGGGAGCAGGUGGACAAGCAGGACACUGAGGUCACUCGCUGGUACCCUGACCAUUUGGCAGCCCAGUGUUACGGCUGUGAGAGCAGGUUCUGGCUCGCCACCAGGAAGCAUCACUGCAGUGGCAGAGAACCUGUCCAGGAGGUCUGGAAUUGCGGUAACGUGUUCUGCGCCAGCUGUUGUGACCAGAAGAUCCCAGUGCCAAGCCAGCAGCUGUUCGACCCGAGCCGCGUCUGUAAGACGUGUUACAGCAGCCUCCAGCUCAGCCCGGUGCCCCUGGACCAUGAGCUGGAGAAGCCCAUCGCAGCCAGCUCCAACUGAGGCUCAGAGGAGCGGCUGAGAAGGAGGAGUCGGGCUGAGCGUUCAGCUGCUGACACAGGCACUCUGCUGAGGAGAAGAGCACAGGAGCUGCACAGAAUGUCCCAUGUACUUUGUGUGUGUGUGUGUGCGCGGCAGUUACGUAAUUGUUAAUGUGUAUAUACCGUGGACGACGUGGCAGCGGAGCUGAAUGACGUGUUUUCCAGAUGCCGAGCGCUCUGAACAGUGGAUGUGCACAGGGGUGUGUGAGAGUGUGUGUGACAAGAAAUUGCACAUUGGCCACACAGAGUGUGUGGCAGCGAUGGGACUUCACUCCUAGGCCAGAGGAGGGAGGAAGGAUGUCCUGGUGCCUUGGACCAGGCAGACAGAGGAGGUCGUCUCACUGUGUUGCUGAAGUCUCCUGCAGGACUUUGGUCCACUGAAUCUGUUUUCACCACUUACCCACAAUUCUCAUCAGGAUCAGAAUUCUACCCACCAUCAUGGACUUCUUCUUUUUCUCUGUAUGAGCAGAGGUGAUGGAGGAAAUCUCCUAGCAGUCCUGAGACCAUAGCAUCAGAAAUGUCUGGAGGGUGAUGUUCACACAUGUUGUUUAAGGAGAGGAUUAAAUGGUCAGUUCACCCAAAUGAACAAAAACAGCACAUUUCCUCACCUUGUGAUGAGAUCUCAUGUCUGAGAUUUUUUGCUGCCAACCCAAUAUCCAGGAGCUGAAGUGAAUUAAAGCUACAGCCAAAAUUUUCUCUAUCAAUAAUCAGCUAAUCAUUUUAUCAUGGAAUCAAUGCGUUUUCUGUAAAAUGUCAGAAAAUAGUGACAUUUGAAAAAGUCUCAGAGCCCAUAAAUACACAAUACAACAUAUUUAGAUUCAAAAUAGUUCUAAUAGUUUUCUGUAACAACACAUGAAACAAAAGACAGCAUCUGUUUUUCUUUAGAAAAAUUAUCUUAUUUUCUUUAAACUGCAAUUGUUAAAUUUGUGGAGCUCUAAUAACAUUUACAGUGACCUGGUGUUGCACUAAUCUACAGUUUCAGUCCAGUAAAAAUCAUUGCAACCCUGGUCGAUAUUUUCUAAUUUUAUUCCUGCGUGUGGAUUGAGCUCAGGUGUUGAGGUGAAUGUUUGUGGACUCAACACCCAAAGUGAGAUAACACUGAUGACAUCACUAUGAAAUCAUCAGGAUAAAAGAAAAAGCUUCUCCGCAGACGUUAAACAGCUGAUUUCAGUGCUCAUGAUGUUUCCAUUAAACAUGGAACAUUUAUUUCCCAACAGACACUGAUAUGAUUAUUGGGUGAACUGACCCUUUAAUAUUCUGAUUGACUGAAUCUCAACACAUUUGCUUUUGUUUUGGAUUUUAACUCAGUCUUUCACUCUGAAUGGCACAGACGUGUGCGUGUAUGUUUAUGCAGCUUGACUUGAAAAGACAAAACCCAAAAAAAUAGUUUGGACAUUAGGAGUUAGUAUUUUAAGUUUGUUGAGAUUCAGUCCAGACAUGUUGUGUAGAUUUCAAAGCCUCGGUGAUCAUUAACAAAAACACAGUGAGGAGUCUUUAUGAUUACUAUCUGUAAAACAACAGCAGCCCUGUGAGUCUUCAUCAGUGAUCAGGAGAAACGUCUUCAGAGACUGACUUAUUACUCGUCCACCAGUGUAAACUGAUGCGUUGUGGCGUUGUCGCUUUGUGUCAGGUGGCAGACGAGCUGUGGGUUGUUUGUGUCCUCGUCACGGACUUACAGACUGUGUCGUUUCUCCUUCUGGCCAUUCACUCACAACAGCCCCCUCCCUGUCAGUGUUUUUUACCCAGCAGGCACUGGGAGCUGGACCUCUCCUCACUUUUCAAUCCUCUGGUGGGAGUCAGAAGUGAAGUUGUGAAUUUGACACUUAAAUUCCCAUAUUCUUAUUCUUAUUAUUUUUCAGGCGGCAGUCAGUCGUGAUAUCACUUGUGAUUUCCACUGGCUGAAAGGUGCAGGAGAGCAGCAGAAGAAAAGGGCUCUUGGCGUUUUCCUAAAACUCUGUAACCGAACAUGAAGCUUCACUUCCCCUCUGCCUAACACACACACACGCACACAUGCGCACACACACACACACACUUUUGUAAGAUAAAUGAAUUAAAUAAUAUAUUCAGAUACCUAUAUAGCAUUUAAGAAAAUGUAUAGAAUCCUUGAAUAGUGGCUCACUUAAUUAGUCACCAAAAAGUUUUUUUUAUUAUUUGUUUUUCUUAUGUUGUCGAUGACAGAAAAUGACGUAUAUUUUGCCGCCUGUUGAAGGUGACAGGAGAGUUUGUUUUUUUAAAUAGAGAAGCAGGGUGUCCUGUGUUGAUGCUGCAGUGGUUUUUCCCUUUUAAAAUGCGAUCAUUACUUUGAUUUUAUUUAUUAAGGUUUUGUUGUUGCUGUUUUUGAAAAUCCAGACAAUUCAAAAUUGCCACAGGAUAAUCAGUGUUUAUGAACUGAGCGGUGAAAGAUGGUUCUGAUCUGUGGCGACGACCACACUCGUGUUUCUGUUGUGUAACGUGUGGAUGAAAUGAUUUCUAAAUCCACGUAGGAGCAAUGAACCCUGGGAGAAGGAGGGGGUGGAGUCCGAGGUGUCAGCGAGCCUCUCCCGUGUCAACAUGAAAUAAGAUGACGAGUGUGUGUGCUGCCAACAAGACGUCUAUGCACUGAGAGAACCGUGGUCCAAAAAAAACCAGCUGCCUGAACCCAAAAUAAAUGCCCCCCCUCUCACUCAUGCUCACACUCACACACGCACACACAGAAUGACUCCAUUCUAUCUCAUCAGACAAACACUACCUCUACUUUGUACACAUGCACACACACAUUCACACUCGGCUUGUAGUCGCGGAGUGACUCUUCCAGAUUCACGUCAUCGAGAAUGGCCUUUGUCGUUACUAUUAAAACCCUUUUUGUUUUUCCCCUGUUAGUCAGCUAGAGCGUUAAAGGUACAGCACACGACCGCUUUAAUUUUCCUAUUCAGACCACAAGUCUUUUGACUCUCAUCAUACAGCAGAGGACCUUCCCGUGUCCAUGUGCGUCUCCACACUGGAUGGUUAAGUUCGAUCGAACCUCUAAAGCGGUGUAGCUAACCGAGGGAAGUUAUAGAUACAGCGAUCAGCCACAGCUUUAAGAUCAGGCACCUGGUGUUAAUGUUGUGAAGGUUUAUAACUGUGACAACACACAGAUCUGCUGGAUUGAAAGUGGUGGGAGCAGAUGAUUGAAGUGCUGUUGAAGUCUGAGCAUCAACAGGCCUGAAGUGUUUUUCUCUCUGCGUCCUGUGGAAGUGGUGAAUGUGUUUGAUUCAACAGUUCGACCUUCACUCUUUCAAACAGAACAGAAACAAAACAAGAAUUGUGUGUCCCUCAUAGAUGAGACACUGUCAUGUAAAUCACUUAACAACAAAACACUUGAACAAGCGACAGCAUCGACUGACCAAACGUUGAUUACAUGUCAGAUUUGUUUGAGACGGUACUACUGCUGCGAAUAAAAAAUUUGGUUUGACCCACGACGAGCCUCUGUUUUCUCUCCACCUGCUGUCUGAGAGAAACCAGAAAACGACUGUUCAGUGUGUAAUGCUGAUGUGAACAUGGCCUCUAAUCCAAGAUCAGUGCUCCUGUUAAACAUGUGAUUUAUUCCGAGGCUUCACACGUCUGUCUCCUACAUGUAAAGAAAAUGUUUGCCAGCGCUGCAUAUUUCAUCAUCUCUGACAUUCUCAGAUCAGACGUCAGAAUUUCUCACUGUGUAAUUCCACCACCAUCACAGACAUGUGGGGCAACGAGCUUGUUCAACAAUCCAUGAAUGUGAAUCGUCUUGAUUAAAAAAAGAAAAGAGGCUAUUUUUUGCACAUGAUAUAAAGUAGACACUGCCACAGAGUGCAUCAAAAUAAAACUGAAACAGAACGUGA